UGAGAUUAUUAUGAGACAUACAGUUGAUGUAUUGGCAUGAUUAGUGUGGUAUGCUCUUAUAUGGUCCACUUGUAUCUUUGAAUUAUUGGGCGGUCAUUAAACUUUAUCUGUUUGAAAUUGGCUCCCCAUUUUGAUUCUGAUUUUUAUCAAAAUGCAUUUUUCUAUCACUUUUUUUUAACCGCACAUUCUUCAUUAAAAUAAUAUCAGAUGUAAAUUACAAACUUUUCUUUAUUUUUCAUCCAGACAUUCCUUAUCAAUCUACCACUCGAAGAUUUAUUUUUCCAACAAAAUGAGUAUCAAACAUCCUCUUAAUUUUGUCCUUAGUUACAAUUUAGACCCUGAAGUUAAAUGCUUGUUACAAUACAGUUGGAUAAUUUCAAAAUCGACAAGACAAUCUAGUUGGUAAAUAAAGGAUUGAAUCGACUGUAACAACGUUUUAAGUUUAGUGGCCAGCUUUGAACAUGAUGAACUCUUGUAGUUGUGGAUAACACGAAAUUUUGCAAAGAUUUCAAUGUAAUCUUAUCUUGUAAUUUUUGAGUUCAUAUUUCUAUUUACUUAAAUUGAAAAUUUUUAACUCCGUGCUCAAUAAAAAGUAUACUUGCAACAAUGUGUUUUUAUUAGUUUUAUGAAAUAUGAAUUGUUAAUCAUCUUUUCUGGUCAUCCGAACUUAAAUCUUAUUUGGUUAUUGUUAUUUCUGAUUUUGUUAUUUGGGUUAUACAAUGGAGUUUUUUUAACUUUUUAUAGAUGAAGUUUCUGUAGAUUUUCUAAACUACAUCUUUAUUGUUUAUUUGUGGGAACAAACAUUCAGAAUGCUUAGCUACAAAAAAUUGUCUUCAUUGUUGUUGUGAGCAGAUACAGAGCUGUCACAAGUGCAUAUUAUAGGGGAGCUGUUGGGGCUAUGUUGGUUUAUGACAUUACAAAACGUCAGACCUUCGACCACAUACCCCGUUGGCUAGAAGAGUUGCGUGCACAUGCAGACAAGAACAUUGUUAUCAUUCUGAUUGGGAACAAAAGCGAUCUUGAAGACCAGCGCUCGGUACCCACUGAGGAUGCCAAGGAAUUUGCUCAGACGGAAGAACUGUUUUUCUUAGAGACCUCGGCAUUGGAAGCAACGAAUGUAGAGAAUGCAUUCUUGACUGUUUUGACCGAGAUCUUCAACAUCGUGAAUAAGAAAAAUCUUGUUGCGGGCGAUGAUGAAGGCAAUGGCAAUCCUGCAUCUUUAUCUGGCAAGAAGAUUAUUAUUCCUGGUCCUGCACAAGUAAUUCCAGAAAAGAACA